AUGGCGGCGAGUGGCGGUGUUUGUGCGGAAAGCCGACCACUAAAAAGAUCAAGAUUAGGGCCGCCAGAUGUAUAUCCUCAAGAACAAAGACAAAAAGAGGAUGAAUUGACAGCAACAAAUGUAAAACAGGGCUUCAGUAACUCACCAUUCUUUGGAGAUGAGUAUGGAACAGCUAGAACCAGUAAUAUCAAUCCUAGCAGGUUUGGCACUUACUUCAGUGCUAUUAUUGCAGAGAAGCAAAAGUUGAAUACGUUUCAAGAUACUGGUAAACGAAAACAACAAAUCAACACCAAGGAUAACUUCUGGCCUGUAAUUGCAAGAUCCAGAAAUGCCAUUCAAGCAUGGUUCCAAGAUUUGGCAGGAAAUAAGUCUCUGACUCUACUCGCAAAGAGGGUGCCUGUUUUCAACAAAAAAGAGGAAGUUUUUAGUUUUUUAUGUGAGAACUCUGUGCCUGUGAUUAGAGCAACAUGGUUUAUAAAAAUGACUUCAGCGUAUUAUGCAGCAAUAUCUGAAGCAAAGAAGCAAAGAAGACAGAAUAACGACCCACCGCAAGAAUGGACUCAGGCAAUAUCCAAGAUUCUUCGAGAGCAGCUCCACAAAGUCUCUGAGUAUUACCACAUUCUAUCAUCUACUGGAUCUGCUGGUUUUUCUUCCCCUCCACGUGACGUUGAACUAGCUUUGAAAUUAUGGAAUUAUACGUGCAGGCUAGCACGCUAUCUUUACGAGGAGGGAAUGAUGGACAGGCAGGACUACUUGACUUGUAUUGUGGAAAUAUUAGAAAAAAUUAAAAUACAUGAUGAGGGCUUAUUAAAACUUGUCAUGCCACUAGUGCUUCAGUAUUUAGAUGAAUUUGUGCAGAAUCAAGUCUUGUCGCGUCGUUUAGCAUAUUUCUGUGCCAGAAAGUUAGCUAUUUUAUGUAAUGAAUCCUCAGAUAGCAAUCAGUCACAGUCGCAUUCUCCGCAUCUAGCAAACUCAUCAACUGGGGCAUCUUCCAGUCAACCACCGCCACCUCAACCACCACCAACCUCGUCAAUGAAUCCAGUAGCUGCUGUCUUCUCUGAGUACAAUAGUUGUGCUCAGCAUCGCUCACUGGUUCUCAGUUUGAGCUGUGCGCUGCAGACGAUCACACUCUGCUGUCCUAGCGCACUGGUUUGGAACAAUGUAGGAGAGGGGAAGCCGGGAACAGUGAUGGGAUCACCUCUUGAUAUUCUACCAUGUGCGCCAUCUAGUCUACCUAUUGCCGGUAAUAACUCACUACAGAACCAUCAGUUAUAUUUUCACCAAUUAGCUGACGGUGUUGUUGGCGAGGUGAACAAACACGUUCAUGACUAA